CCGAUGGUCCAGCUCUGGUUAUAUAUUAAGAAAGGAAAGACAUUUCCUUCUGGUGACUCCGGUGAAGGAAUGGUGGUGCAGAAGAUGCAGCUUCCUGACAGCAAUGCUGAGAUUAACAGGAAUACCAAUUUCAGAGUGAUUCAAAAUCCACAGUCAAAAUAUCGUAAUUCUGAAUGUGACAAAGCUUUGUCAGAAAAGUUGUGUGGCACAAGAUAUGAGCCAGUGCAGACCAGAGGUGACCGCCAUCACUCUGUGGAAAGUGGUGAUAAGUUUAUGAGGAAAGCUGGACUACAAAGACACGGAGAAGAAAAGUCACAUGAAUCAUUUAUUUGUAGCAACAAAGGCACUGAUUACAACACUGUAUUAACCUACAGUGAGAAAAGACAAAAGAAUAUCUUUGCAACAUUUGAACAAAUAAUCAGAAGAGAGAAUAAGUAUGAAUGUGCCACACGUGGCAGUGAGAGAAGAUAUAAACCCUACAUAUGUGACACAUGUAACAAGUAUUUCUCUUGCAAGGCAAGCAUGGUAAGGCAUCAUAAGUGUGUGCACACUGGGCAGAAACCCUACAAGUGCGCUGUGUGUGAGAAGAGCUUUAAAUGCAAAAUCAGUUUGGUAGAACAUAAUUUAAUUCACAGUGUAGAGGAACUAUAUAUGUGCACUAUCUGUGGAAAGCAUUUUUUACUGAAACAUAAAUUGGAGGUACAUCAGAAUUGCCACACAAGACAUAAACCAUACAAAUGUGCUACAUGUGGCAAGGGUUUUACAAAAAAUAUAUACUUAGUGAUGCAUCAGAAUAUGCACAUAGGUCAUAGACCCUAUAAAUGUGCCACUUGUGGCAAGACUUUUAUGUACAAAUCUAGUGUGAUAAACCAUCAGUAUGUUCAUAGUGAGAAGGCUAGCCAGAAGCCCCAUAAAUGUACCACAUGUGGCAAGGGUUUUAUGUAUUGGCAAAGCAUGGUAAAACAUCAGUAUCUUCACAGUGAGCAAGCAAGGCAAAAUCUCCAUAAAUGUGCCACAUGUGGCAAGGGUUUUAUAAAGAGACAAUACUUGGUGAUGCAUCAAACUAUCCACAUAGGAUGUGAACCCUAUAAAUGUGCCACAUGUGGAAAGGGGUUUGUAUAUAAGAAUAGCAUGAUAAGACAUCAGGAUGUUCACAGUGAGCAGGCUAAGCAUAAGACCCAAACAUGUGCCACAUGUGGCAAGAGUUUUUCAAGUGGAACUAACAUGGCAGUUCACUACCGUAUCCACACUGGAGAGAAACCUUAUAAAUGUGUCAAAUGUGAUAAGAGGUUUCUCCGAAAAGCACACUUAAUAAAGCAUCAGUAUGUCCAUACUGAGCAGAAACCUUUUAAAUGUGCCAUAUGUGACAAGGGUUUUGCAACUAAGUUCCGAAUGAAGAGGCAUCAGUACGUCCACUCAGGACGGGAACCAUAUACCUGUGGUGCACCUGACCAAGGCUAUACAGGUAAGGUAAGUCUGGCACGAAGUAAGAGUAUGCAGAAGCCUUAUAAAUGUUCUACAUGUGGCAAGGGAUUAGCAAACAAGGACAGUCUAAAAACACAUGAGCGUAUCCACACUAGGCUGAUGCCCUUCAAGUGUGCCACAUGUGGCAGGGGAUUAGUAACUAAGGAUAGUCUAAUAGCACAUGAAAGCAUGCAUAGUGGGCAGAGGCCGUAUAAAUGCACUACAUGUGACAAAGGGUUUGGAAGGAAGAGCAAUCUGGUAAAACAUCAGCGUAUCCACUCCCGGUUAAAGCCACAGAUCAAUGAAAACGAAAAUGUAUUGGAAGUGAGGAAAAGUGAAAAAAAACAAAGAUGGACAUGGCAAAGCAAAAGAGAUCUGAUAUGGUGCAGGAUUUAUGCAAAGAAGAAAGCCACACUAAUCAAAGACAAAAAAGACAAAAAGGCAGUUGCAAAGAUAUUUGUAGAGACAUACAGGCAAAGACAUCCAGAUAUGUAUAAUCUCACAAUACGAAAUAUGAAAUCGCAAAGGAAUAGAGUAGAAAGUAAAAUAAGUGGGGCAGAAAUUAAAAAAAUAGAAACUGAAGUGAUAAACCAUCUGCGAAGUGAAGGGUUUAGUGUGGAAACUCCAACACAGGCAGUGCAGUGACAUGACACACCUCAUAGAGGAGUAGCAGGUGGAGCAGGAUGCAUCUGAAAGGCUAUGCCACAAGGCCUUGUUCUGGAACCUUCUUAUGAAACUUACAUGAAAGUCCAGUUAAAUGAUUUAAAAGAGAUAAGUAAACAUAUUAAGACAGAUGAAAGAAAUAGAUUGCAGAAAGUAAAUAAGACCCAAAAUGUUAAAACAGACCAACACAGUAGCUACAAUUAAGAGAAUUUCAUGUGAUAUAACAAAAAUAUCUCAAGUCUAUUACUGCUCAGCAGAACUAAUAACAGAUAAAGUGUUACUACAAACCUGCUGAGUAACAAAGGAACAGAAAGGAACAAGUAGAACAGCACAGUGGAAGCACCUGAAUAGAGAAAACUAUAAAUAAACUAAGGCAGGGCGUAUCGAAAAUCCUUAGAAAGACAGACAUGGUAAACUCAACACACAGCUUCAAAGCAGGCCAGGAAUAGCAUACACUGUUUCCAAAAGUAAACUAAAAUCUAUCUGCACAAGCAGAAAAACUUACAAGUUAAACAGAUAAAUAUAAAGGAAAAAUAUAAAAUAAGCAAUCCAUUGAUGACCCAAAAAGAUUUUACACAGAAUUGGGAUAUGCCACCAAAAAAGAAAAAUACAGAGAUUUUAGAGAAAUAGUUAUGAAGACAUUGUGGAAUAUUAACAAAGUUGCCAAAUGGAUAGAAGAAAUAAAAGAAACUGUAAGGGGCUCUAAUGUGAAGGAUAAAAAAAAUGGGAUGAAGUAACAGCCAGAGAAAUUGAGACAAAUUUAAGAAAAUCCCUGGCCCGGAUGCAGUACCUAACUUCUGGCUAAUACUAGCUUGUCUGUUCAACGAUUUAGUCUUGAGUUAGAAUUACCAAUAUGUACAUCCUGAACAGAUAUCAAUCUGAUUAACAACAGAAAGAACAGUACUCCUCCAUAAGAAAAAAACAUUAGGCCAUCCUAAGAGCUAUGGACGAGUAACCUGCCUUCCAACAACAUAAAUUAUAACUGGAAUUGAUGCAGACAGAAUUUAUAGGCAUCUAGAAAAAAAAUCAAUCAUGGCAAUACAACAACAUGUUAUAAAAGAAUGUCAUAUUGAGCAAAGGCUCAACUAUUGUUAACCAAAGCCAGAACCGAGAGUUGUGAAAAAGGGGAAGAAUCUAAGUAUGGCACUGAUAGAUUAUUAAAAAAAAAAACAUUUAUGGAUAAUUGAAUUCUUUCAGAUUUAUAAGAUGUACCCUACAUUAAUCAAUUACUCUGCCUUGACUAUGAACCAGUGACAAACCACUUUGCAGGUAGGCAAUGACACGUGGCUAAGCCAUGACUGAGGGAUAAAAAUUCAAAGGGGAAUAUUCCCGGGUGAUUCUUUGUCACCACUGUUGUUUUGUCUUGCCCUUAACCCAUUAAACUGUUUACUUAAUAGAUCAGGUUAUGGUUACAAUUUGAGUCAAAGAAGCCAACACUGUUUAAAAUAAUCUCAUCUGCUUUUUGAGGAUGAUUUAAAAUUGUGUCACUCAUGAGAUGUGGAUCUGAAAGUACAACUACAAUUGUUUAAAACUUUCUCAGAUGAAGAAUAACAAGUGGUUUUGAUAAAUGUGCAAAAGCACCUUCUGUAAAAGGAAAGCUGCAACACCAAGAAAAUAAGCUGGGAUACGAAUGUAGUAUAAAGAAAAUUGAGCAGGAGAGAGUGUCUGCAUAUUAUGGGAUAGAUGGAGAGGCAGUAGAAAAACAUGAGCAAACGAGAGCAAUGCUUAUUAAGAAAUACUUCAAAAUACUAAAGCUAAUAUUGAAAGCAGCUUCAACAUCUAUGAAUAAUGUGCAAGCUAUAAAUCAUUUUGUUCAUGUUCUUACAGUUUUGGGGUGAUUAACUGGUCCCAAAAUCUGAAUCAAUUAAACAAGGAAACUACAUCAUGGUUACCAAAUUAUAUAUGAAAACCAAGAUUAUAUAUGUGUUGCUCUUAAGGAGAUAUGGGCAUUCUGAAAACUGACUAUAUGUAGUGAUCUGCACGUAUGGUAUGUAAGAUGUAUUUGCUAACUUCAACUUAUCCAAACAAAGUGAUAGUGUUAAACAUUGAGAAAAAAUCUAAGAUGGCAUCUUUCCUUAAUUUAACCAAAGCAUUUUGGAAAAAUGUCGGAAUAGAUAUCAAACCAGAGGUAUACAAAUGUAAGACAGCAAAAGAAAGUACCAACAAACAAAAGAAAGGACAUAAGAAAAGGACCAACAGAGCAGGAAAGGAAAUUAGGAAGUCCUCAACUAUAAUGGCAAAUAUAAAGAACUUCUACAACUAUCUUAUAUUGACCAGAAUUUGUUGUGGGAAUGGUUAAUUCGCAAUGAAUUGAAAACAAAAAAAUGAAAGGUUAAUAAUGGAGAUCAAAGACAGGCAGCUACAUACAUGUUGGAGAGAC